AGGAUGGACGGAGGAUCCCCAACCGCCUGCGAAGCCCAAGCCGCCACGUAGGAGAGUGCGUUUGGGCCCUCUUCUCCCACCUGUUCGACUCCCCGUCCCCAGGAUGUCAACUUCAGUCCCUCAAGGCCAUACCUGGACCCAACGGGUGAAGAAGGACAAUGAGGAGGAGGACCCGCUGGACCAGCUGAUCUCCCGCUCUGGCUGCGCUGCCUCCCGCUUUGCAGUGCAGGAGUGCGUGGCCCAGCACCAGGACUGGCGGCAAUGCCAGCCACAGGUGCAGGCGUUCAAGGAUUGCAUGAAUGAACAGCAGGCAAGGCGGCAAGAGGAGCUGCAGAGGAGGCAAGAACAAGCCAGUGCCCACCAGUGAGACCCCAAACCACCUAUCCCCAGUAGAUGGCCCUGCCAAGACCAGCACCCAGCAAGAUUAUAGAGGAAAAAAUCCUAAAUGCUGGGUGUGGGAGGUCUAACACAUGGAGAUAGUUUUUGGAUCUGGAGUUGACAGCCAUGGGUUUGGACAUGACUGGCACAAACAGCUGUCGUAUGUUCAUGGUCAGAUCUCAUACAUCCUCAGCUGUCUUGUUCCACCAGUAUUUACCAGGAAAACAAAGAAUGUGUUAAGGGAUGCUCCCCCACCCCACAUCUUGGGUCAGUGUGCCAAGAAGUGAGAUCAUU